UUAAACCUCUCUAACCCAAACCGAUUCCAUUUCCAAACCCCUCUCUCUCACCAAAAAACCCAAAUUGAAAAAACAAAAAAGGAAAGCAUAGCCGGGAAGAGAGUAGAGAAGAGAGAGUAGAGUAGAAGAAGAAGAAGAAAUGUUGCGUCUACAGUCUCUAUCUUCUCCACUCACAACCCAAAACCCAAAACUCCACCUAAACCUUAGCCCCACUAAACGCACCGCUUUGAAGUUAAACCCCAACAUCAACACCAAAACCUCACUCUUCGUCGUCAAGUGCCAGCAGAGGUUCACCACCAACUCCUCCUCUCCAAACAACUCCUCUUUUGCUUCACAAACCCCCCCAGCAGCUGGAGCAUUCCCGACUAGAUUUUUUGUGGGUCACUCAAUAUACAAAGGGAAAGCAGCUCUUACAGUCGAGCCCAGAGCUCCAGAGUUCACACCUUUGGAUUCAGGGGCAUUCAAAAUAUCCAAGGAUGGUUUUGUGUUGCUUCAGUUUGCUCCUGCUGCAGGCGUUCGUCAAUAUGAUUGGAGCAGAAAGCAGGUAUUCUCACUAUCAGUGACGGAAAUUGGAAGUCUAGUUUGCCUUGGCAAAAAGGAAUCGUGUGAAUUUUUUCAUGAUCCUUUUAAGGGAAAGAGUGAGGAGGGAAAGGUCAGGAAGGUUUUGAAGGUGGAGCCUCUUCCAGAUGGUUCUGGCCACUUCUUUAACCUCAGUGUUCAGAACAAGCUUCUAAAUGUGGAUGACAGCAUUUAUAUUCCUGUCACCAGAGCAGAGUACACUGUACUCAUCUCAGCUUUUAAUUUUAUCUUGCCGUACCUUUUAGGUUGGCAUGCUUUUGCUAAUUCCAUAAAGCCAGAAGAGACAAGCCUUGUGAAUAGUGCUAAUCCUAGAUAUGGGGGAGACUUUGAGUGGAGCAGAUAGUGAACAUUGCAGUGUCUCAAAACAUGGUAUAGAGGACUGGGCUUAAUUUCUGAACCUUCUUGUUGUUGUUGUUGUAAUCACUCUCUUUUUAGAGGGGUUGGUCCCAAAUAUUGGCAUCACUUUAUUCUCUUGUUCGAAGGAGGAUUGAAAUGACAAUGAAUGGACAAAGAAUGCUACUAUAUUAUGCCAAAUGAAAGAGUGUAGGGCAUUUGAUGAGCACAA